AUGGGUGAAGAUAAUUAUACAUUUGCAUCCGAGUUUAUUCUCCUGGGCUUCACAAACCGAGAUGACCUGCAGGUGACAUGCUUUGUCUUAUUCCUUGUCAUCUACGUGGUCACUCUAAUAGGAAAUCUGGGAGUAAUUAUAUUAAUCAGACUCGAUCCGUGCCUACACACCCCCAUGUACUUCUUCCUAAGCCACUUGUCUCUCCUGGAUGUCUGCUACUCCUCCACCAUCAUCCCUCAAACCUUGCUGAAUUUUUUAGUGGAGAAGAAGGUAAUUUCCUUCGUUAGGUGUGCCACUCAGCUCUUCUCCUUUGCGACCUGUGCCACCGCCGAGUGCUACGUGCUGGCUGCCAUGGCUUAUGAUCGCUACAAUGCCAUUUGUAACCCCCUGCUCUACUCUGUGGUCAUGUCCCAGAGGCUUUGCGUUGGGAUGUUGGCUGGUGCCUACUUAGCUGGCAUGAUCAGCUCCACCAUACACACGGUUUCCAUAUUUCGUCUCCCAUUCUGCCGGUCCAAGAGGAUCAAUCAUUUCUUCUGUGAUGGACCACCGCUGCUAGCCCUCUCCUGCUCUGACACCCAUGUCAACGAGGUGACGGUUUCUGCCGUGGUGGGGUUCAACGUGCUAAGCACCACAGUCUUCAUCCUUGUCUCCUACUUGUUGGUCCUCUCCACCAUCUUGCAGAUGCGCUCCACGGCCGGUUGGCACAAAGCCUUCUCCACUUGCGCAUCUCACUUGGUCUCCAUCGCUUUGUACUACGGCAGCUCCCUCUUCAUGUACCUGCACCCCAGCUCCAGACACUCCUUGGAGCAUGACAAGGUGGUCUCUGUGCUGUACUCUGUUGCAGUUCCCAUGCUGAACCCGCUCAUUUACAGCCUAAGAAACACAGAUAUGAAGAACGCCAUGAGGAAAGUAAAGGGUAGAGUCCUCUCCUCCUUGUCCAUCCAUGGUUCCUGGUCAGCUGAACGGAGAGGGCUACCCUGCCAAGCUCUUUGUAUACGACAUACGGCAAAAAAAUACAUCGGUAUUAAUCAACACCUGAAAAACGUGCACCGGUCCCUUUUUGUGGCGGCUGGAUUUGGUUACA